AAGAUGUCCUCCACGGGCGGCGGCGCGGCCUACAGGACGAGGACGACCCGGCGGCACGGAGGCGGGCCACGACGUGCAGUUCGCAGUACCCCUUUCGCGCCGUUUGUCCAGAAAAAACGACGGAGGCACGACUUGUUGCCCCGCGAACAAGUAAUAGAUGUUGAAACCACCUCCGGCAGGAGCAGAGCAGUGCUCCUCGAAAAGUUUUUAUGAGUGUGCACGACUCGGUCCCCGUCGCCGUCCCGCCCUGCAUUUGUCAUGCAAAAUGCCAAGCCCACCCUUAUUUGCCCUGUGUUGGCAGUGCUUGCAUGACAGAGUCCCGAAGGGGCCGAAACAGCACCAGAAUCGGUCGUAAAUAUGUCAUGCAAAAGCUGCAUGAUCUGUGCCACCAGCUCUUGUGCAGUAGUGCCCAGUUGUUGUGGAAGAUGCCAUCCAAAUGAUGAGGGGGCGUGGGACGACGUCGAGCUGUGCACCCGCAUAUUUUCCAGCUGCAGAUCAUACGACCCUUCCGGCUGAAGGAAAAACGCAACGCUACGUCCCAAUCGGGGGGUCCUCUGCUGUAUCAAGUGCAAAAAUGUCUGGGUCUGGAAGAGUGUAGACUUGUCAUGCAGAUUUUCCAUGACCCGCGAGGUCUGGAAUGCGGGACUUAGCAUGACAGACAUUCUGUGAGAUCCCUAUCAUGCCUAUUCUGCGUGAGAAACUCCGUUCCAACUUGGUCAAAAGUGGAUAGCUUUUGGCACUCAUGCAACACAGAUUUUUGCAUGCUUCAGAUUUACCAUGACAAGUUGCAAUCUUCCAGACCCAGACGCUUUUGCAUUUGAUAUGCCGGGGAUGUUGACGAUGUUGAGGUGGAACAAGAUGAUACCGGUCGGGCACUACAUCAAGAUGCCGCUGAAACCGACGGUGCAAGGAGAACAAACGCUGUAGUUUCUAUUCAGGGCGAGAAGCUGGCGAGGCCAAGAGAGCAACUCUUGGUCGUGCACGAGGAGGAGCUGAGCCUUCGUCGUCACGAAGAUGUGGACGGCGGCGCGGUGUCAGCAGCAACAUCUCCUCGGAGGUCAGCUUCAGUGACAGAAACGCGAGAAGAAGUUCAGCUUCACGACCAGCUGGACGUCGGGCUGCAUAUCCACGAAAAAACACCCAUCCCCAUCCAUUUUUUGCAUCACAGACACUGAGAAUUAUUAUGCAGGUUCUGUAUGACAAAAAAAUGGGGAAAGGGAUGGGUGUUUUUUCCUGGAUUCUGCAGGACCAAUUUCUACUUCACGACCCGAGUGGGCAGGAGGACCAACAAGAAGGUCUUCAACAAGAAAAAGCCAUCUCGCGGCCCAGUGCGCGACUACAGCCUGCUGCUCUCGCGGCCGGGGCCGCCUACUCCGCAGAAGAUUUGCAUGGGGAUGACGAGGGAACCGAAGAUGUUGAAGAUGUUCUUGGUCGUCCUGACAAAAUAAAGGGGAGGCCGCCUGGUGCCACGAGGACCACCUCUAGUAGGAGUGCUUCUUACAAAGCGGCCGACGCGGCAGAGGACAACGAUACUAACCCAUUCGAUGCCCCGCCCGGCGACGAGAUGGCAGGACCUGCUCCUGCUGCUGCUGCACGACCAGCCGCGGUGCCCGUAGAUGUUGCAAUAGAAGAUGAAACUAUGUAUAUGUUGAACACAGGCAGAAUUACACAACCCGGGGGACAACGAUCACCACAGCAUUCACCUGCGGGUGGUCGCGGUCGUGAGACUUCUGCAGCUUUGCUGCAGGCCACUGUAGAGUCGCAGAGGGCCGCAAAACAGGAACAACGAGAAGGAACAAGCCGCCGCGGGGCGAGGAGGGCGGGGGCGGAGAUGAGCUCCGCCUCCUCGGGAGGAGGUUUAUCGACGUCCUUGCUCAACACCGCGGGCGCGACAACGAGCAACAGCAGGGUCGUGGCUACUACUAUGAAGUUGUUCUCAAACGUUACAUUCUCAACUGUUACAUGAAUCUGUAAUGCUAAUGCAAGAAUGGCAAAAGUGAAACGGGGGGCCUUGCGCGUCUUGCAUGACAGAUUUGGCACAGAGCAUCAGCCUGCUUAGGCCUCUGAGAAUUUAUCAUGCGAAGCAGCUUGAUGGUGCCGAUUCUGAAGGGAAUUUUGCAUGACAAACAAGGCCCACUCGAGCGUGGGGACAGGGUCCCCACGCUGGGGCCUUGUGCCCGUCCCUCGUGGCGCUAGUGGGGGAAAGGUGUUCGGCAUCGGGGCGGACAGCGUCCGCCCCUCGCCUCACACCAGGCGCGCGCAUAGUGGCUUAGUGCGCGAAGCACUAGCGGGGGAAGGCAGGGCGUUCACCCGUCGCGGUCACCUGUCAAGGUCACCUGUCAAGGUCACCUGUCGAGGUCACCUGUCGAGGUCACCUGUCAAGGCCACCUGUCGAGGUCACCUGUCAAGGUCACCUGUCGCCGGGGGUAUGCUGUACCAGAACCCGGAAGUCAAGCAAUGUAAAUACUAAUCAUGUAACAGUUGAGAGUGUAACGUUUGAGAACGCCACAACUACUUCCGCAAACAGUGGCGCCGCGGUCAGAAGUCCGUUUGUAAACGCACAAGACCAGCUUUACGAGAACUGCGCGCGCGAUAUUACAAUGAAAAAUGCCCCCACCCCCGAAGAACUUGGGAGCAUUUGUAUUGCAAACCUUUCCAAAUGAAACACUCACCCUCUUGUAUCUAUCAGCAUCACAGGUUUCCGAUCGUGAAUAGCAAAAAACUGUAUUGCAACAGACCCCAGCAAGAGCGGCGCUUGUCAUGCAAGCGAUGCGAUACACACCCACACUCUGCAUCAGAAACAUUCAUACUUCUUUCAUGCAUGACAAAAAGUUUUCUUUGGGAUUUGCAAUUUCAGGGGUGGGGGGCAUUUUUCACUGCAAUACGCGAGGACAAAGCGAACCACGACGGGGGGCGGCGGAUAAAGAGCGCCGGGAUUUUCGGGGGAGACCGCACAAUUGGGUUAAGGACCUACUACGAGUGCAUGAACUUCUGCGCUCACAAUUUGGAAUGCGUGGGGUUCGUGUUCGUCCUUACUUCCGGUCUUCAAUACGAUAGCUGUAUGUUGGUCGCAGACAGCUGGAAAACGCAACCGGAUGAAAACUGCCAAGCGACCGAGAUGACCACGGAUUGCCGGAAAACCAUACUGAUAUCCCAAGAAAAAAGUGUUACAGUUACACAUUUGUUGCAACUUUAGCAACACAAACUUGCUCUGCAGUUCAAAGAAAACUUGCAAUGCAGAGAUCCCAAAAGGGAAAACACGUAUGAAACAAGGCUCGCAUGGUGCUUUCCAGCAUGAGAGAGGUUGUCUGUCUUGCACGUUCUGCAACACAACGUGUAAGAACUGAUGUAGCACGUUUCUUGUUCUUGCAUAACUGAACACCGUGGAGUACUAUCAGCGCAAUUUUGCAGGAGGGUAUGUCGCCCUGUCGGCGGGGGACGCCAGCGAUCAUAUGGCGUUCUCAAAUUUUACAUUCUCAACUGUUACAUGAUUUGUCAUGCAAAAUUACAACCAGACUCGACGCGAUCAAGCUGGUUCGCAUGACAAAUUCUCGAAGAGCCAACCAGGCCAGAAAUCUGCGCCAAGUCUGUUAUGCAAGACGCGCAAGGUCCCCCCUUUCACUUUUGCCAUUCUUGCGUCACAGAUCCAUGUAACAGCUGAGGGUGUAACAGUUGAGAACGCCAGAGAUCCAGAGCCCUAUAGUUGGCAAGAGACGGACCUGUGGGGUGCGUACGGGCAGUGCGAUGGAACAGAAAAAAAAACUUGGAGCGCGACCACAAAUCUUCUGGGGCAGGGUGGUCGGUUCUCGUUCGGCGGCCACCCACACGACUGUGCCGACCGGUGCCGAACCCAAAUGGGCUGCACGGCUUUCAGUGUAUACAAGGGAAGCCUUAUCCUGAGUAAAAACCUCCCCACACCAGAGUCAAGAUGGGAAAUCUGCUAGACAAAUCAAGCAGCUUUGGUUGUUUCGCAUGACAGCUUUGUCCUCGUAGUAUAAUCCUGCUUUAGGUAGGUCAGCAGCAUCACAGAUCUAGCGCAUAAGGCUCAUUGUAGCAUCACAAAUUCCAAAACACGACUAGAAAAUGCCUCUCGUGGGGCUCCGCAUGAGAAACAUUUUUGGCAUGCAGAUUUGCAUGACAGCGCUGGGGUGGAGACGUUUUUACUCAGGAUCAACCUCAGCUCCGCGGACGACACCGAGAUCCCUGUAGCAAACCGUAUGGCGCUCUCAAGCGUUACAUUCUCAACUGUUACAUGAAUUUGUAUUAUGGAUGAAGACUAGCACAGGUGAGAGGGAGAACCUUGCGCGUCUUGCAUUACAGGUUUGGUCCGGAUUCAAGUGCUGUUUAGCCCUCCGAGAAUUUGUCAUGCGCAGCAGCUUGAUCGUCUGGCGGGUCAUGGUCAUUUUGCAUGACAAAUCAUGUAACAGUGGAGAAUGUAACGUCUGAGAACCCCAUAAGCCGCGUUUACAACUUUGAGACCUCUAACAUCAGCGCACUGCUCCUCCCACUGGACAGCGGCGGUGGCGUCAAAGAUAAAAUCAAGAUGAACAUAUGGAUUGCAAAAAUGUCUGGGUCUGGAAGAUUGCAACUUGUAGUGCUGUCUGUGGAUUCCAAAAAAAUCUGUAUUGCAUGACCGGCAACAGGACUCCAGUUUGUGUUACGCAGAGAGGGCAUUUCUCAUGCGGAGUAGGCAUUUUUAGGAAAGCCUCUAAACUGUGUUGCUAGAUCAUGCAUUACAGGCAUUAGGCGUCAUGCAAAAAAUGCAUGACAAACCUGGCAAUCUUCCAGACCCAGACACUUUUGCAUUUGAUAGAACAGCACGUGCUGCGUGUUGUGGAACAACCGGGACCCAGUGAAGAGGGCAAAAGCCACCGGGGGCCGCACCGAGAAUCCGGAGCCGCGGGAGUGGCAGUUCUUUGCUUUGAUGCCCCCUCCCGGCACGGCGCACACGCACGUGCCGGAGCAUAUCAAGGACUCGUCGUCCUCCUCCGCUUCAAGGGCGCUCUUCGAUAAAGCAUAUCGAAAGGAAAAAUCCCCCCUCCCUAUAUCAAAACGAAUUUUCUGAUGCUGGAUUUGUGUACACAAAUCAGCUUUGUAUUGCAGGGAGGUAUUGCGGCCAGAUCCCCAGGCUAUGUAGGGGCGUAUCUAGUAGCUCAGCAUGGCAAACGGCUGCCCUUUACUUAGGUCAAACAGCGUGAGGAAUCGCUUCCAUAAUGGGGGCGAAGCUUUUGCUCUUGUCUUCUUGCAAGACAAAAAUGAUUUGUGACCUCAAAUCAGCAACGCAAAUUUUCGGAAACAUGCCUUUUCGAUAUGGGGAGGGGAAGUCUUUCCUUUCAAUAAAGCAGUGACCAUCCUCGGGGCGCAGCGAGCGGGAGUACUGCAGGCACAGGAUCCGGACACCCCCUACUUUGGCAAUAUCGGCAUGGACCAGCAGAUCCAAGGCCACGAAGCCCACAUUGGCGGCUGCUGGAGCUGGCUGUACCUAACGUCGGAAAGCGCUCACCCAGAUGCCAUUUGGUGUCCCGAUGCCGCAGUGCCAAGGGAGUGUGACCCGAACGCGGGCUAUCCUGACCCGCCAGCUUGGACGUCACUGGUUCAGGACUUUACGGAUCCGAUCUGCCCGAUAUGGUGGAGCGGCGGCUGCGAGCAGUGGGAGGAUAUUGGUAUGGGCGACGAAGACACCAGCGCGAACAACUAUUGGGAGGCGGUGGCGGAAUGCCACGACCAUUGUCGCGAUUACGUGGAUAACGGAAAAAGUUGCUCUGCCUUCGCGAUAAAAAAAGAAGACUGGUCAUGCUACAGAUUCGAGGCCGGUAUCAAAUGCAAAUAUGUCUGGGUCUGGAUGGUGGGCAGACUUGUCAUGCAGGUUUUCCAUGACGCGUGAAGUCUGUCAUACAUGACCCAGCAUGACAGAGUCUGUCCGACCUCUGUCUAUCAUGUCUCGUCUGCAUGAGAAACUCCCUCUCAGCUUGGUCAAAAGUGGGCCGCUUUUGGUAAUCAUGCAACACAGAUUUUCAUUUUUUCACACACUAUCCAAAAUUAGCAUGACAAGUUGCAACCUUCCAGACCCAGACAUAUUUGCAAUGCAUAGCCAGAUGCACAGGACAAUUUCACCACGGGAAAGGGUGGGACAUGUACGACUUGUAUAAGAACAAUAUGACAGUGCACAGCUCCCCCUCCCCCGCAUUUGUAUAGCAUGAACGGCAACGCAAGCAUCAGCAAGAGUGCCGGUUUUGCAUGACAAAUUUACACUGGAGUGUACUUCUAUUUGGGCUCCCAAAAUGUGGCAUGCAAACAGUGCCAAUAGCCAAAGGGUGGAUUAGGUAAUUUGCAUGACAAAUGAGGGGGGGGGAGUUGUGCACUGUCAUAAACAAGAAAGGUUGCAUAGAAGCGGACCAGAUACUCCCGGUAGAUACAAGCCGUUGUCCAAAACAGUACACGGGCCUAUUACAGUGAAAAAUUCCGCGACCCCGAAAGUUGCAAUAAUUUGUGACGCGAAGUUUCCAAAUGUUGAAAGCCUUCACUUUAAAUGUAUGACCGGGCAGAAGAAGUCUAGCGAGCCUGUGAGUCUAGGCUGAGGCUGGUCGGUCGGUAUUUUAUACAGACCCCAGCCCUUCGGCCAUUGGUAACCAGGACCUGAGAACGUUCCCCCAAUUAAGAGACGGCAAGCCAUUUCGCUUGUGAGAUUCUAUUUCCGUCUGUAUUUCUAUUAUUAUCAGGUCCCAGGGAGUCACGCCCCUGCCAUGGUAGUGAAGAGUAUUUCUCUGGUGAGACGGGGUUGAAAUUAAACCCCGGCCAGACUUUAUUUUCCGCCCCGGUGACCCGUUUCGGUCACUGAUUAGGGGCUUUGAUUUAUCUGGUAAGACAGGGUUGAGAUUAGACCCUGGCCAGAUGGUUAUAUUGAUUUUGUCCGGUGAGACGGGGUUGAAAUUAGACCCCGGCUGGACGUAUUAUUGCGAGCCCUGACCCGUUUCGGUCAGCGAUUCUGGCUUCGCUUUGUCUGGUGAGACGGGGUUGGAAUUAUGCCCCGGCCAGACUUAUUAUUUUCCGCCCCGGUGACCCGUUUCGGUCACUGAUUCCGGGCUUUAUUUUAUCUGGUGAGAGGACAGGGUUGAGAUUAAACCCUGGCCAGAUGUUUUAUUGAGAUUGUCCGGCGAGACGGGGUUACGAUGAAACCCUGGCCGGAUGGUUUGACUGCAAGCCCUGACCCAUUUCGGUCAGAGAUUCUGGCUUCGCUUUGUCUGGUGAGGUGGGGUUGAAAUUACACCCCGGCUGGACUUAUGAUUUUCCGCGGUCAAUCUCAAUGACCUUGGUUGUUUUUAUCCUGACCUUUCUCGGCUGUUUGGCACUGGCGGUAAACGGGCUCCGAGCCCAAUCCGUUACCCUUGCAGAGGGGGAGACUGGGAUAAGAAAAGCCGGGGGCUUGUUGUAUUCCGUUGGGGUUUUUGAGCUCCCAUAGGGCUUUUUGUGUCUGGCCUUUGCCAAUUUUACGUUGCGAGAAAGGUCACGGAUAAAACGACCAAGGUCGGCGCUAUUUAGCGUCUUUGGCGCCAUUGCUUGCGCGCUGUUUUGGGGCUGCUACGGAUUUUCGUUAUAUCGCCUGCCUUGCAGGCUGAGGGAAACCUCCGGUCCCACAUUACGUAGCUCACUGUGUUUUUUUUUUUUUUCGGGGCUUGGACUUAUAUUGCUUUCCCGCCUUCCAGGGCUCCGCGGCCUUUUCGAUGGGGCAUGUUGUCCCCCAAAUUCAUCGCUGGGUCGCUUCGCUUCCUGCGGGUUCUUCGGGGUUGCUUCGGCGCGUGGCCCCUUCGGCGUUGGCGGGGUGCCCCAUCGCGGGCGCUCAUGCCCUUCCGGUGAAGACGGCUUCCCACUGGAAGCCUACGAUCAUCCAAAGGAUGAUCUAUCUCUGGCUGAUUCUGUACAAAAUAAAUAUCUCUCCCCCCUUUCCAAUCCUACCCUCUCCCGAUGCGUCAGCAUAGGCUCCUGCACUACAAGCACAGACGGACCCCGGGGGCGGCACUUGGAGGCCGCAAUCGUGUCCCCGUGUUUUGUCCGUAGGUGGCAUCACUGGGGGAAGCAGCGGUAGCACUGUCAGCGGACAGCAGGACGCAGUCACGUGUCACCGAAGUAGCACGGCAGGCGCCGCAGCAAUGGGGUGGGGGCAUUUUUCGCUGUAGUAGGGCCUGUGUCUACCCGGGGGGGCGUACGCGGAUGAGAAAUUGUAUAAAGAAGUAUCGAAUGCAAAUGCGUCUGGGUCUGGAAAAGUGGACUUGUAAUGCUAGCUCAACACUCCUGGAAAGGAAGAAAACCUAUAUUGCAGAACCAACAAAAGUGGCAGCCACUGUUUUCAUGCAAAAAGGCAGCUUCUUAUGCGGAUUGCGUAUGAGAACAAAGCGCUCUGGAAAGUUGUCAUGCUGUAGUGCUGCAUUCGGAAGAGAAGCAGUUCUUCCGCCAUCUACGCUUUAUUAGCAUCACAGGUUUCCAGACCGACACUACAUUUUUGCAUUUGAUAAAAUGGUGAUGACUCACCACCUGACUAUGAUGCGACCAUCCUCGUCAGCAUGUACGAGGACCGCAACUAUUAUGGGAGUGUCAGGAUUGAAAUCGUCAAAGUUGAAAUAAUUCGUGAUGCAGAAAACGCAUGCCAGUUGGAGCCCAGUUUCUAAGCAAAGCAUGACAAAUUUGGGUAGAACCGAAAUCCAGUCUGUAGUGCUGUUUGGGUAAGGGAGACGCCGUUUGUCGUGCUGCUUUAGCAGCUCUAUGUCUACCCCUCAACAGGCUUGCAAUCUGCCUCCCUUGCCUACUCUGCAAGACAGGCAUUUUGUGGGUUGCAUUUUAUGCGUCACAAACUAUUUCAACUUUGACGAUUUCAAUCCUGACGCUUCCAUAACUAUAACCUGGACCAGUGCCGGUACUUGUGCGCGCAAACACACGACUGCGCCUCGUUCUUCCUCGAGGAUAGUGCGGAGAGCGGAAAACGAAAGUGCUACCUGAUGCGACCGGGGUGCCUGAAGCAAGAAAAUACCAUUGAGACAGGUUGGACAGGAUAUGACAUCGAUCAGUGCCAUCUAGUCGCCGACCCCGUGCACCAUUGCGACGAGCAGCUGACGCAGAGCGAGGCCGAGUUUUAUUUCAUGACCGUGGGAUCUGCCCCAGCGGACAAGAGACUACAAGUGGUCGCCCGCGUCCGCGGGAGCCCGCCCCCGGACACGGACCUCUCCAAGUCGCUCGACGGGUCAGGCAUUCACAGCGACAAUUUUCAUAGCGCGACCGACAACGACCUGAUGUGGAUCAAGGUGAACUCGGAGACUUCGUGGAGCCAAAUUCCAUCCGCUGCCUUCACCGACGGCUGUGGGUCCUCUCAGACCUGUUAUGCAAGAAAAAAACUGUGCAAAUAUGUAUUAACUCUGUAGUAAUGCAGGAGAACAUGCAACAGGUUCGCGCCUGGUGUCAUGCCAGACAGCUUCUAAGGUCCGACUCAGGUCGUGGCUAGCUCAAGUUUAUGGGUCUACUUCGCGCAGGCUCGCUUUGGCGCGAUGUCAAAAGGGCAACCGAUAACAGAUUUUUAUCACGACGGCACGGGCCCGAUAAACUGAGCAAAGCCCUGCUCUGUUAUCGGUUUCGGGGGGGUGGCCAAGCCGAAACCGAUAACAGACACGAAGCACGACGGCACGCGGACUAUAAAAGUGACCAAAAAGGGUGCUUGUUAUCGGUUUGCCCGGAGGCUUCGGAAAAGUGGCCACUUUUGCUGGCCAGAUUGGCCAGAUCCCCGAGGCCCUGGCCGAAACCGAUAACAUCGAAACUUUUUGGUCACUUUUAUAGUCCGCGCGCCAUCCUAUUUCCUGUAAUUUCUCAGGCCAGAGCCCGGCGACGAUGGUGGCCACGGGAUGGUGGGCAGAUUUCAUCAUCAACGACUGGGCGGCAACCAGAGCACCCAAAAAGACCUUAUUUCUGGGCAUCUACCUGCGUGAUGCAGUGGGCACGGCAGCACUUCUCCCAUGUCAAAAACGUGACGCGGCGGUGACGCAGGUCCGCAUUACAAAUUGAUCUUUAUGAGCCCAAAACAAGCUUCCAACUUGCACUGCCGGAAGCUGAGCAAAUCGCAUCCACCUGGGAGGGUUGGCGCGCAGCUCGAAACGGUCCGGCAGAAUGGGCUCGACAUGAUCCAGGCUUCGGUGCGGCGCUUGGCCAAAUGCACGCAAGUGGUUCAAAAUCAUACAUAGUUGAGGUAGCUAAGUCAGUAGCUUAACUUAAAAAAAAUUUGGCAUUUGCCAGCAAAUUCCAAUCCGAUAACGAUAACAGAUUUUUGUUUGAUAAACGAAGUUUUUUUCUUGGAUACCUAUCCUAGCGAUCUGAAUAAGUACAACAACAGCUACGCCACGGAUCUGGGUGGAGAGUGGUGCGGCCCUCUUUUCCGGCAUGCCAGCCCAGCUAGCAUUCCCUCGGGGUGAUGACUGCGGCGCACCAAAAAAAAAACGGCGCGGCUUCUUGAGAACCCGAGCAAUUUUUGCCGGGAAUCAAGUAGACGCAGACACCGAAAAAAGGGCCGCACUCCGGCCGUGCCCCGGCACGUGUUAAAGCCACCCAGAUAGUGCUUGGGGCCGCGCCCUUUCGAAAAAGUUCAGGGCGUUUCUUCGUUUCUGAGCUUUUUCCAGUUCCGGCGCCAGAAUUGAUAAAAGCCCAGCCUCCCGAACUUUUUCCAAAGCCGGCCCCUUAGGAAAUCUUUAGGAGCCGGUCUUGGUUGAAGUCAAGGACCGCAGACUUUCGUGAAGUCAAGGGCCGACGGGGGCGCAGCGCUAGCUUAAGUAGUUAGGGUUGUGCAGUGGCCUGGCGCGAUAUGCCAAACAGUCACCACCUGGGAGAAGAGUCAACACACGACAGAUGACCGCCUGAUAGCUCUAGCACUUGGAAAGUUGGAAUGCGGAAGUGCCCUGCUGCCCAUAGCGAAACCAGUUUUAUUUUGUUUGGGGGCGUUUAUUGUGUUAUAUCGAGUAACGAAGUUUUUUUCUUGGAUACCUAUCCUAGCGAUCUGAAUAAGUACAACAACAGCUACGCCACAGACAGGCUUAUGGAUGUGUCAGGUUUGAAAUCGACAAAGUUGAAAUAAUUUGUCAUGCAUAAAAUGCAAGGCAUGAAGUGCCUGUCUUGCCGGGAUGGCAAGUGAGGCCGACUGUCAGCCUGUUUAGGGUUUGAAAUAGAGCUGCUAAAGUAGCAUGACAAAAGCAGUCGCCUGUGCCCAAACAGCAUGACAAAUUGGAUUCCGAUGCUCGAAUAAUUUGUCAUGCACCGCUUCGAAAUUGGGCUUCCAACUGGCAUCCAUUUUAUGCAUGGCAAAUUAUUUCAACUUUGUCGAUUUCAACUCUGACACAUCCAUAAGGCUGACCGGAAACGUAGUGGAAUACGACCUGCAUGACCCGAACGACCCGGAGGGGGGCAAUGGGCAAGUGCACAAAAUCACGGUGCUAUCAAAAUGAAAAUAAAUCCCCCAUCCCCAUAUCAAAACGAAAAUUUGUGGUGCUGAUUUGUGGUCACAAAUAUCAUCUUUGUCAUGCGUAUAGUGUUUGUUAUAGGAGCCAACAUUUGACGCAUUCGCAUUCCAGAGCAAGUCUGUCACCCGCUUUCGACUACUGCAAACCUGUUUGUCAUGCGCAAUUGCUCUUGCUGGCCUUGUGCAUUAUACCCAAACAGGCUCAGAAAAUGCGGCCAGGCGCGUGCUUCUGCAAGACAGAUCUGAUUUUUGUACGCAAAUCCAGCAGCAGAAACUUCGGCUCGAUAUGGGGAGGGGAGACUUUUCCUCUCAGUAGGUGCGCCCGGGAAAAGACGGCGUCGUGCUCCAACGGCUGUUCAUCUUGGGAAAGUCCCAGGUGGACACAGUAAACUCUAAUACUGGUUUUCUAGAGGCGAACGCGAGGCAGGUGUCCACCUCGGAAAUGUCCUCACAAGAGUACCGCAAGGAAAAAUCUCCCCGUCCCCGCCCGCCACAUCAAAACGAAAUUUCUGAUGCUGGAUUUGCGUGAUGUGACUGCACAAAUCCGAUUUGUCUUGCAGCAGAGAACUGCAGGCGUAUAGUAUUAAGUUGUUCAUUGUUUUCACAUAGCAGGCACCCAGUAUGGCAAACGUCUACGCUGUAGGGCCCACAGCAUCACAAGCCGCCUGCAUGAUGCGGCGGAGCCUGUGGAGUUGCCUUCUCGCAAGACACGCGAUCGGUAGCCACAGAUCAGCACUUCUGCAAAUGUUCCACCUAGGCGUGUCUUUGCGAUAUGGGAGGGGCGGGGGAUUUUUUCUUGCAAUAAAGAAACCAAGAGCGGGCUGCAUUCGGGUCGUGGAACAACAAGCUUAAAAGUCGAGGACGUCUGCGUAUGCAGUGCAAAAGUAUCGUACUCGUACUAGUUGCAAUCUUGCAUGACAAACCUACCUUUUAUACCUGAAUUAGCAAAAAAAAAAAUUAGCAUUACAAAUUUCGUUUUAUUUUCUGAUAAAAUUUGUAAUCGCAAUUGGUACUAAUACGGUACUUUUGCAAUGCAUACUGCAAAAGGCAGGACAAUAAGAAUCUCAAGGGCAACGACGAAGACGUCGGAGGGGACAUGGGGCGCGUGAUGGGGCAUCUCACCUUUGAGGAGUGCCAGGAUUUUUGCCGAAGAUACGCCGACUGCACGGGUUUUGUGUUUGUUGGAACUGCUCUUUCCGACGAGGAUAACUGUGCAAUAAAAAACGCUCCGUUCAACGAUUUGGACCUCGAGGACAAGCCAGGGGAGGCGAUAACGUAUAUGAGGGUGCACAACGACAACCACCCGCCCCCUCAUUUGUCUUGCAAAAUGCCUAGUAGUUUACAUUACAUUACUUCUUGGCUCUUGAUGGCCUUGCUCGCAUGACAAGUUCUGGCAGUUCGAAUAGCACUACACUCCUGUCCAAAUUUGAAUUUGUCAUGCGAAACCUGCAUUCUUGCUGACGCUUGUAUCUAUUGCUGUUCAUGAUGCAAUACAAAUGAGGGGAAGCGGCGGGAGUUGUGUACUCUCAUACCGUACCUGCGGAUGACCGAUCAGUGCCGGUCCGCACUACACCAGCCCAUUGACGACUUCUGCGAGAAGAAGCUUCGCACGAAUGUCGAAGGAGCGGAUAAGCUCAUUGCAGGGGGUACUGUUUACCGCGUCAAGGCUCAUUUGACAUACGAGGAGUGCCGGGAUUGGUGCGCGGAAAAUCCCGACUGCGCGGGCUUAGUGCACAUGCGGAAACCCAUAUGCAUUCUUGCAAAAGUAUCGUACUAGUAUAAAUUGCAUAUACAAAUUUUGGCUACAAGAAAAAUGGAAUUUGUCGUCGUGCUGUUUUACCUAUAGGAAGAAGAUUUCUUGUCAUGAUGCAUACUUGCAAGUAGUACGAGUGCAAUACUUCUGCAUUGCAUAGCGCAACAAAGGAAACAAUUGUGCGGUGAAAGGCGAAGUUGGAGGCACGGCGUUCAAGGAGGUUGCCAAUAAUAAAACCGACUACCUGGAAAUGACGGACGCGUGCCGACGUGUAGUUGUAUGGGAGUGUCAGGAUCGAAAUCGACGAAGUUGAAAAAAUACUUUGCGAUGCUUGAAAUCGUCCAGUUUGUCAGGGUCUUUGGGCAAAGUAAGAAGACGAGGUCUGUCAUGCUACUUUAGUAGCUUCGUCGUGAGGACCCCUAAAGAACAGGCUUGCAAUUAUCGGCGUCGCUUGCCCUCCCCGCAAGACAGGCACGACUCUGUGCGUUGCAUUUGAUCAUGCCUGGAAAUUUAGAUUUAUUCCAUCUUUGUCAAAAAUUUCCGUCCGGACGCCUCCAUAAUUGGCGCCCCUGCCGUACUACAACUACCCGCAGCUUUAUCCAAGAUGAAAAAAACACCAUCACAAUCACUUUUGCAUAUUUUUGCAUAAACAAAAAUAUUUGUCAUGCGCAGAACUGCAUCACAGACAAAUAAGAGCAGGGCUUUUUAUAGGCGAUUUCUCCUUAUGUUUUUGCAACACAAAAAAAGUUUGGCAUACGAGAGUCUGAUGCAUACCCUCCAAAAUGUGACUGCGAUGGUGUUUUUUUCUUGGAUAAGCUUGAUAUCAACGAUGCGUGUGGGAGGCACGAGGACCGUAACCACGAGGGCAAUGAUCUGGACAACCCCUUUCAGAAAACGUACGAUAUUGAAAGGAAGAAUCCCCCCUCCCCAUAUGGAAAAGGUAUGUCUCCUAAAAGUUCUUGCGUUGCUGAUUUGAGGGCACAAAUCACAUUUGUCCUGCAAGAAGGCAGCUCUACAGUCUCCGCCGCAUUAUGCGGACGGUUUGCGAUGCUGCUUGGGCUAUAGCAUAGACAUUUCCGACGCUUACGCUAAGCGUCCACGUCAGAAGCUCUGUAUUCAGGCGCGGCGUAUGCCUCUAGUCCUCUCCUGCGAGACAGCUCGGAUUUGUGUACGGAAAUCCAGCGUCAGAAACUUCGUUUCGAUAUGGGGAGGAGGAGUUUUUCCUUACAAUAUACGACGAAUGCCUGGCGUUGUGUGCAGCACGGAGCGACUGCACGGGCUUUGCCUUUUAUACGGAAACAGGUGAUUGUCAGCUGAAAGCGGUGCACGACUACAACGCCGUGAAAGCCGAGUCAACGGUAGACUACACAAGAAUGACACAGGCGUGCCGAUAUGCGAAAAAUGGUGUAUCCUUCACCGGCGGGAGUCCUAUUUUCCUCUCGUCGGGAGCGACGCCGCGGUGCUCCGCAGACGGAAAACACUGCGGGUGUCAAAAUGAAAAAUCCCCCUUCCCCAUAUCAAAAUGGAAGUUUCUGAAUCUGGUUUGUGGUCAUAAAUCACCUUUGUCUUGCCUAGUAGAGGGCAACUAUCUAAUGGGGGCCAUGUGGCCGCGCAUUCGAGUCCCGUCUGUCACGCGCUUUCGACCACAGAAAACCUGUUUGCGGUGCGUAAUUGCUAGCCUUCUCGAUACCUCAACAGGCUGAGAAAAUGCUACCAAGCACUUUCUGCAAGACAGACCUGCAUUGUGUACGCACACUCAGCCUCAGAAUUUUCGUUUUGAUGUGGGGAGGGGGAUUUUUUCCUUGUGAUAGCGGGCCAGGCUUUCAGCAGUGCAUUCGCUACGACCACGUCACCCCGGAAGAUGAUGUAUAUGCAUUGCAAAAGUAGCGUACUAGUAAAAAUUGCAAUAGCUGCAUUACUUUGUAAAAAUGCGGGCGAUUGGCCUAAAGAACAAUUUGUAAUGCAUAAACUUACACGCCAUUGAUUAGUACGAGUACGAUACUGUUGCACUGCAUAAUCUAGUAACGGCGACUCUAAUUUCUGCAGAGCGGAUAUGGAACUGUCAGGAUCGAAAUUGACAAAAUCGAAAAAUUUGUGAUGCAUAAAAUGCAUGACGCGAAAUACGUGUGUUGCAGAGCAGGCAACUGAGGCCGAUUGCAAGCCUGUUUGGGGUUACAGUUCGAGCUGCUACACCAGCAUGAGAGAAUCAGUCUUUUUCGCCUAAACAGCAUUACAAACUGGAUUUAGGCACCAUCAUAAUUUGUGAUGCGCCGCUUAGAAAUUGGGCUUCCAACUGGUAUCCAUUUUAUGCAUGACAAAUCAUUUCAACUUUGUCGAUUUCAACCCUGACGCUUCCAUAGCGGAGUAUGUGCGCCACACCUGGCCGAUGUCGUGGGUGCGACGCAGCGGAUAUGAGAGUGCUCAACUGCUCCCCCUCCACCUCAUUUCCAUUUGUCAUGCAAAACAAGAAUACCAAAUCCACACCACCCUCUGCCUCUUGGCACUUUUCGCAUGACAAGUUCUGGAAGCUCAAGCAGCACUACAGUCCUGGGUGAUGAAUUUGUCACGCGGCAAAACCUGUAUUCUACUUGCCGACACUUGUAUUGCUUUUUUUGCCAGCAACAUCCACAUGAGAGGGACGGGGAGUUGUUGUGCACUCUCAUAGCGGACGGGAGCGAGGUUGGUGCGUGUUGCAGGCUAUGCAUUGAAAACACAUCAUCUGGGUCCUCUGAAGGAAAGUUGCGAUGCUACUUUGCGGAUCAUGAGCCGCGUCAAAUAUGAUCAUGGGCACGCGCAUGACAAGUUAGUUUCUGAGCGACUGGAUAGUGCGUGAAGUGCAUGAGAAGUUGCGUUUUUGCAUUUUACAACGAAAAAACAUGCGCGGUAGCGCAUCAACAUGCAUCACAGAUUAUUUGCUCGUCCACCUGUCCGCAGAGCGUUACAAGUGUUUUUGCAAAAUGAAUCUCCCCAAAGAGGAUCCCGGCAUCAAAUAUUCCAUUUGAUACGGGUACAAUGACAAGAACGACCCCCCAGAGUGCAAACAGAUCCCGCCGAGCUACUUUGGGAAGCUACCCGACGGGAGCUACUUUCCGUAUCAUCAGUGCGUGCUCUACACGCCGGGGAACCUGCCCGGGCGAGCAACCGAGGACGAGAUGGCGGCAGUUCCAAUGGGACCCAAGCAGAUAUGGCCUUCUCAAACGUUCUUAUGUUCUCAACUGUGACAUGGAUUUGUGAUGCAAGAGUGACAAAAUGAAAAUCCAAAGCCAGAAGGAGGUUGCUGGACCUGUAGCAUUACAAAUUCCGGACAGAUUUAGAUUCUGUUUAAUAGCCCUUCGAGAAUUUGUCAUGCACAGCCGCUGGGCCGUGUGGUUGCUUAUGGUAUUUUUGCAUGACAAAUAAUUCAUGUAACCGUUGAGAAUGUAACGUUUGAGAACGCAAUAGCAGAUGGAGUGCCCCGCGGUGUGCCGGGAGAUGAGUGACGAAAACCUUCCCAUCGAGGGGUGGUGCUUCGGGUGCGACUCCAGGGACGGCAAAUCGAAAUAUGACAGUGCACAACUCCCCCUCCGUCCCCCUCAUUUGUGUUGCAUGAACAGCAACACAGGAUCAUGCAGCUUUUUCAUGACAAAUUCCUAGGCGAUGGCAGUGCUGUUUCGGAUUCCGGAAUAAUCUGUCAUGCAAACAGUACUAACAGGCAAAGGGUGGAUUUGGAAUUUUGCAUGACAAAUGAGGGGGAGGGGGAGUUGUGCUCUUUCAUACGAAAGGGGCCUGCUGUAAAAAGGACGCCGCGACCAAGCGGGAGUGUGCCAGCGUGCCGUACCGUAAGUAAAAACGUACCCACACCAGAGUUGUAAUGCAGAUCUGCAAGCGCAAGAGCAUUUGUAAUGCGCAUCCCCAGGAGAGGCAUUUCCCAUCGUGUUAUGGAAGUUGUAAUGCUGUCAACAGGAUAAGGAGAUGGAUUUGUUAUGCGGCUUCCCUUGCUAAACACCAUUACACUACAGCCUGCAAGUUGUCAUGCGUGGCUCCCAAAACUUUCAGGUUUGUGUUGCAAAAUCCCCAUCUUGACUCUGGGGUGGGGACGUUUUUACAAAUGACAUGCCGGGGAACGAGUUCUUUGGUGUGACGGACUACUUUUCUUGCGUCAUCCCUGUGCAGGCGGUCGCGGACGAGGAUUGGGAGUAUCAAAUGCAAAAAUGUCUGGGUCUGGAAGAGUGGAACUUGUGAUGCUAACUUUGGACUCUGAAAAAUUCUGUAUUGCGUGACCAGCAAGAGGAGUCCAGUUUGUGCUACGCGUGGAGGGCAUUUGUCAUGCGGAAUAGGCAUCAGGAAAACCUCUAAAAACCUGUGAUGCUAGGACUUCCAUGACAGACAUUAUGUGUCAUGCAAAAACAGCAUACCAAAUCUCGGACUCUUCCAGACCCAGACAUUUUUGCAUUUGAUUGGGAGGUAUACUUCGCAACGCAUGCCGCGCCGCCCUCUGCUGCGACGGCGACCACGACGCAGGUGACAUUAAUAGCAACCUCGCGAGAAGAAGAAGAAGAAGAAGAAGAGAAGGAGGGGCAUCAAAGCGAAAGCCAAGCCCAACGCCAGCCCCAGAAGAAGAUGAAGAAGAAUAAUUAUAAUUCCAACCACAACUACUCCCGAAAGACAAAGAACGCAGCAACUGCAACAAAUUCAACAAAUACUGCGAGCGCAAGUGGAACCGAAACUACCCCGAAGAGGAGCGCGGUGCAGAGCAGAAGUCCUCACGAGAAUAAAGAGCGUGGGCAUGAUUUCACAAGCAUCAGUCGGGAGAAAGAGACCACCACGGAGGUCAUCGGGCUCUCCUCCAGAGCUCGAAUCGCGAAGAAAGGGCAGAAAGUGAAGGUAGAACGAAAGACCAGAGCUGCAGACGAGCAGCUGGAAGUAUCCAAGAACAAAACUGCGUUAGUGUAACUUUAUUCGUUGGCCGCGGACAGCAUCACAAAUUUGCGCUACAUGACAGGAGCGAAAUAAACCUGUCAUGCGUGGCUUGUAAGGGAAAACACACAUAGAAAAGAGGACUGCAUGGUUGUCUGGCAUGACAGGCGUAAUUCUGUUGCAUGUAGUUAUGCAUUACAAAGCUACACUUACGCAGUUUUUUUCUUGCAUAGGAAGUCCAGGUUCCGGCGUCGGAGCUUUGGGCCACACAGAGCGAUAUCCUGUGCAAAAGUAUCGUACUCGUAUUGCAAUCAUGCGUUACAAAUGUUUUUCUUAAGGCAAAUCUGCAUUACAAAUUUUAUUUCUCAUGCUGAGGAAAUUUGUAGUGCAUUUGUACGAGUGCGAUACUUUUGCAUUUCAUAAGCGAAUAUCAAAUUCAAGAAUGUCUGGGUCUGGAAGAUUCUAAACUUGUGACGCUGGUGUCUCUGGAUUCAAAAAAAAAUGUAUUGCGUGACCAGUAAAGAGGACUCCAGUUUGGACUACGCGGAGUAGAGGGCUUUUCUCAUGCGGAAUAGGCAUUAGGAAGCACUCUAUAAUCUAAAAAAAAUCUGUGAUGCUCGUGCAUGCAUUACAGACUUCACGGGUCAUGCAAAAUAUGCAUGACAAACAUGGCAAUCUUCCAGACCCAGACAUAUUUGCCUUUGAUAGCGAAAAGAGAAACGUGAUGUGGAUAGAUGACGCUAUAAAACCACUAGGCUACGAGAAGGGCAUGAACACCAGGCACGGUGGUGGUAGUGAAAACCUUUGCUCCCUUAUCGUACAAAAAAAGUGUUUCAUUGUAAGGAUUUUCAUUUUGCAGGUUUUGCAUCACAAGUUUGCUCUACAUGACAGAGAAAUUUGCCAUGCAAGGUUCCUAAGGGAAAACAGCACAGCUAAAACCCCACUGUCUUGCAUGUGUAGCAACAGCAAGGCAAACACUUGUGAAGAAAUACAUUUUGUGCAUUACAAAUUUACAGUGAAGCAGUUUUUUCUGGCGAUAUCCCUCAACGCAGAAAACAACAGUAAGGGGGCAUGGUGGCGCAUGGAGUUUGCCGACGGGAAAGCCCACUCGCUCUUGAUAUCACGUUCGCCUCCAGUGUUACGUGGACCUUUGCUGUUGCGACGUCGUCGUGUCUUGGCUUCUCGUUGUGCAAAUUUGUCAUGCAGAACCUCUAGUACCUGCGUCAGCGUCACACAUUCUUGAAGACACUCGUCUGCAUGUUGAUCAGGCUACUUACAUCAACUACAUUAACGUCAAGCCCAACAGGUACUUCUCUGCAGUCCGUGCCGAACCUGUCACGCUGGAAGCGCAGCCUUCCUUUUUGCAAUAUCUUGUUGGUGCAGCAGAACAAUUAUCUAUAAUUUUAUUGCAAAAAUUCUGGCGGACGCGGGGCUGCAAGCUACUAGUAGGAAUUCUACUAGUGGAAAGCUGCUAGUAGAAAAACGGCUACUAGUAGAAAUCCUGCUAGUGUUUUUAGCGUGACAAAAAAGCACGAGGGGCACUAGUGACAGGCGCCACUAGUGAAGGCGCCCACUAGUGAAGCCACUAGUGACAAAAAGCCCGACUUUGGGGAAAGCGGAAACACUAGUGAGAAAACCCGCCAAUGCAGCCGGAGCCAGAAACCCCGAUGGAAACACAAUAGACCAACAAAAGCUCGCCCGGGCCGCCUGUCAAGGAGCCUCGGGCAGGGGGCUCGGGGCUGCGGUCUCCCCUUGCCGAACCCUCUUAGAUGCCUGGCUGGCGGCCGCCGAUUGGCUACCCCGGGCCGGAUUCGUGCUGCAUUCUGGCGCCCCUUGCCAUUCGCCCCCUGUUGCGAGGGGUUUGGUGGCAUCCUGCGCCUUCCCCUGCCACCUGUGGCUCUCUAGGCCGGGCUUCGUCGCGUGCCCACUGCCGGCCGCGGGGGCUCUUCGGCCUCACCGGGGCUGCCUGAUUUUGCCCCGUGUCCUUUGGGCCGCCGGGCGUGUUUCCGGUUUCUUUACGGCUCGCCCCUUCGGCCUGUUUGGGCGUUUCCCCUUUCGCUUCCGGGGCUUUUUGCUUCUUCCCCGACCCCGGGCUUUGGCCUGCUUACUUUUUUUUGGGGUUGUCUUUUCGUUCAUCUUCCUGUGACUCGCCUCCCGGGCCGUCGAAAAGGGUCUUGGCACGCUCUCCGCCGGACCUGUCUGUGGCGGCUCGGACCGGGGCUGCGCUGUGCGCCCCCUACCGCCCCUGGCGCCUCGCGGCCUUCUCUCGACCCACACUUCUUUCGCUCCCGCCGACCGAGGGAGGAAGGCCAGGGGCGCUGCCGUUUCUUUUUUUCGCCUGUCCAGCAUGUUUUGAGGCUGUAGCGCUAGCCGCUACCCUGUAGGCCCUUUCUCCCUCGCUCCCCCUUGCACCCCCUUGUCGCCGGGCCGGCGGGCGCGGAGCGCCCGCCCGUUCUAGAUAUGAACUAGUUGCCAAGCAAAAAUGAAAAUCACGCCGUGGCAGCGUCCAUCCACGUAACCAAGUUUGACAACGCGACGCUCAAGCAUGAGAAUUUGGAAUCGAGCACGAACCGGCACCGUGGGACGAGAUCGCGUCAACAACGCUCACAUCCUGUUGGAUCCGCCCGGGGUGAACCAUUCUGCGCCGACGCAGAAUGACUUGGAGACGGCUUGGAAUGCGCAGAUGAGUGCAAGUGCAGGUGCAUCAUACCACAUCCAGCUGCCAGGCGACGUCCCAGUCUGCGACCCCGAUGUGGACGAGGAUCCUCAGGAUGGCAAACCCGACUACAAGAGUAUCCUGUGUAAAAACGGCCACACACCAUAGAAGCACAGUACAGAAUAUUAGCAGUGGCCACAUAGUAGCAUGCUUUUCUAUUUCAAUUUCUCUUCUCGUCGUAGUUGGUUCUCCUCCUUCCUUUCCUGAAAGUUUGAAGCUUCUCUGUGCUUUAUAUUGGUCUCUUCCAGUACAUAAAUACCCCAUACUCGUCAGUUGCUUAUCGUCUGUGCUUUUUUCAUGUGGUCUUUUCUAGUACAUAAACACCCCAUAGUCAAGAUGGGAAAUCUGCUACACACCUCAACAAGGUUUAGCUGUUGCGCAUGACAAGUUUGGCCUCGUCGUGUAGUUGUGUUUAGCUAGUUCAGUAGCAUCACCGAUCUAGGAGCUGCACAUCAUCGCGCCGAUUCGAUUAUCGCAAAUUCCAAGCCACGACUAGAAAAUGCGUCUCAUGGGGCUCCGCAUGAGAGACAUUUUAAGGAAGACGCAGAUUUGCAUGACACCCUCCAUUGGGCGGGGACGUUUUUACACAGGAUACAGGAAGCAAUUUGUAGCGAUUCCAACGUUGACUGCUCAGCGUCCGAACCAACGUACAAGGGAGAUUAUCAAAUGCAAAUAUGUCUGGGAGGUCUGGAAACUUGUAAUGCUUUUUAGUUGUGAAUAUUAAACAGUUGUGAAUAUAAUUAAACUCUCUGUAAUGCACAGCCGAGCAUGAGAAAAAAAUAUUUGGGCGGCUUAGUGUUGUGCUUUCCGCACGACAAACUGCGUUUUGCAUGACAAGCAAACGGCUCGCUUCUUGGACACCCGUCACAAUAAACUCUUCAGUCAUGCCGGACAAGCAUGACAAAGAAACCUUGCAUCCUUCCCGACCCAGGUGCCUAGCGCUUUGGCCAGCGUAGCACCUCGGUAGAGCCUGCGGGACCCCGUGGGCAGAAGUUCAUUGCACCCAAAUUGUAUGUUGCGCAAGUGAUAGUAUAAGUAGUAAUAAUUAGUACCACCGGUGGACAUAUUAGCAUGUUUAAUCUCUCUCUACAUACUGCAUUCACGUAGUUCUCUUUUAUUUUCUUUCUUCAAAAAGUUCAAGUCGUUCUCUUCCCCGUGCUGUACCAAGGUCUUGUUUCCAGACAAAACACCAGACAUAUUUGCAUUGGAUAAUGAAAACAACUGCCAGGAUGGGGAGCGGGUGGACCUAAGUGCUCUAACUGCGUCGAAGUCUUUUCGGUACUUGUACGUGGUGCCUCAUUCGCGAGAUGUGUUAAACCUGUGUGUAUGAGAGUGCACAACAACUGCCCCUCCGCCGCAUUUGUGUAGUUGCAUGAACAGCAACACAAGCGCUGGCAAAGAUGCAGCCUUUAAUAUUGCGUGAGAAGUCCCUAGAGGGUUGUACUAGUGCUGUUUUGGAUAUAAUUCCGGAGCCUGUCAUGCAAACAGUGCUAACAGGCAAAGGGUGGACUUAAAAUUUUGCGUGACAAAUGUUGUGGCGGAGGGGGAGUUGUGCACUUUCAUAGUGCGGCGUGCUCUUCUACAUCCCCUCAACUGAAGUGCCCUGGUGGGAGGAAAGUCCGCGACUGCGAGUGAACCCCAUUCUGCUGAAAGCCACGCAGAGCUCAGACUACACGACUACUGUUUUGGAAAAACUUGUCGGCCAAGCGGAAGAUCCGCUGUACUACGAGAAGGGCAGGGUUACCGAGUGGGGCUGGGAAAAAUACCAAGCGUCCACGCGAACUGGCAGGCCGGCGGUCUGUAGCCACACCAGAGACACGGCAGGCUGGUGGCGCGUGGAGUUUGCGGAUGGAAAAAGCCACACACUUUCUUACAUGGAAAUCUGGAAUCGGGGGGACUGCUGUCGACAGCGGUUAAAUAACGGCUACGUGCUUGUGGAUCCUAUCCAGGAAAAAACACCCAUCCCCAUCCAUUUUUUGCAUGACAAAUAGUGGAUUUUGUGCAUGUUUUGCAUGACAAAUUGGAUGGGGAUGGGUGUUUUUUCCUGGAUGCAUCCCGCAGUCGGACUAUGAGACUGCACAACUCCGCCACCUCUUCCCCUCAUUUGUACUUAUUGCAUCAACAACAACAACAACACAAGCAACGGCAGAGAGGUGGCUUCCGCACGACAGACACAGAUCUGCACGCGGGAUGUAAUAUAUACUGUUUGAGAUUCUUAAAUCAAAAUUUAACAUGCAGAGAGUGCCAAAAGAAAGGGAAAAAAUGGUAUUCUGCAUUACUACGUGAGGGGGAGGGGGGAAUGUGCACUGUCAUACGGAUCAAAUCCAACUAAGGCAGAGCUGAUGAACAUUGUUAAAACUACCGAACCCCGCGUCGGUGGUUGGGUCCUAUCAAGGGCAAAUAUGAAGUCGGGGUCUGGAAAGUUAUGAUGCUGAGCACCGGAUGAUGAAGACGUUGCCGAAUGCAGCCAAGCAUGACAACUUUAUUGCAGAGCGCUUUCUCAUAAGCAAUUCGCAUGAGAGGCUACGUUUUUGUAUGACAAAAGAGGCACGACCUUGGUUGUUGUUGGCCAUGCAAUACAGAUUCAGAUUUUUAUUAAUACACAGGAAAUACAAAUAAUUAAAGACCAGCACUACAAGUUCAACUCUCCAGACCCAGACACAUUCGCAAUCCAUAGGUCCAUAUCAAAUGCAAAUAUGUCUGGGUCUGGAAGAUUGCCAGGGUUGUCAUGCAUAUUUUGCAUGACCCAUAAUGCUUCGAAUGCAUGACCUAGCAUCGCAGAUUUUUAGAGGGCUCCCUGAUGCCUAUUCCGCAUGAGAAAUGCCCUCCCCGCAUGAGAAAAUGCCUCCCCAUGCCCUCCCCUAAAUCUUUUCUAACGCCACGGUAUUGGCAGAGGCUAGAUCUGUUCUAACGCCGCCCUGACAGGAGUCAAAGGCCAAAGCGAUGCGAUACAUGUCGCACAAACUGGAUGCACGCAUCGCCAUGAGAGAUGCCCUCCCCAUCUCGCAUGUACGCAACCAAGCGGCUGCGCGCAACAAAGACUCGAAGGGUUAAACCGCGCCUAAAUCUGUGCCAAGUUUGUAAUGCAACAGCUGCAAGAUUCUCCCUUUCACUCUCGCUGGUCAUGCAUCACAAAUUCAUGCAACACAAACGCUUGAGAAUGUAACGUUUGAGAACGCCAUACGCAUGAGAAAUGCCCCACCCAUCAGCGCGCAACCAACCACAAAAACCGUUAGCCGUUAAAGUUUGUAAGACUAACCCAUCAAGGCUAUACCGGAGCUCCACCCUGCCCACGGGCUUGGAUGGUAAGCCAGGCCCGCCACCUCUAGCGGCCACUGGCCGUAGACACGCAUAAGAAAUCGGAGGCGGUUCUGCUGUUGCGGUCGGUUGGUGCCUGUACUAGGAAGUGGAACGGGUGAUGAUGAUGUCCACCUAGGGGUAUAAUUGGCAGAGGCUAAAUCUGUUCUAACGCCACGGAAUUGGCAGAGGCUAAGUCUGCUCUAACGCCGCCCGCAAGGAGUCUGUGAAAUGGUCACUAAAAAAUACUUACUACAUGUCGCGGCACAAACCGGACCCCUCUUGCUGGUCAUGCAAUACUGAUUUUUUAGAAUGCAGAAAUAGCGAUCACAAGUUCCACCAACCUUGCAGACCCAGGGAUAUAAUUUGCAUUUGAUAAUCAAACUUUCGGACAAUGUUCCCGGCGUUGGCAUAGGGGGCGACGCGGGCGACGGAGAAUAUCAUAAAGUUGACGACUUCAACGGCGGGGGAGGGGAAUUCGUGGACCUGCUGCAGGACUAUGCAUUGCAAAUAUGUCUGGGUCUCUGGAAACUUGUGAUGCUAAAGCGUGGACGAUGGAAACAAUUCCGAACGCAGCCAUGCAAGACAAGUGUCCGGAGCGCUUUCUGCUCAUAGGCAGCCGGAAUAGAAACUGCGUUUUUGCAUGAGAAAGAUGGCUGCGACUCUUAUGCUAGUUCAUAUGUUUGCUAAGCCUAUGCAGUAAGUGCGUCUAUUUGCAAAUGUUCCACCAGGGGUGCAAAGCUAGCAUUACUAGACGACCCGGGCUCAUUUUCUGAGCGUAGUUGUUAUUUAUUUUUACUUUUGAAAAUUUAACUCGUUGUCGUUCUCCUCCCUGUGCUGUACCAAGGUCUUGUUUCCAGACAACACGCCAGACAUAUUUGCAUUUGAUAAGGACGCGCUUAAAGCAAAGCAGCCGUUUCGCACCUUGUAUGUCAUAGGGCCUGAUGAUAUUGUUAAUGCUGCUGGUAAUAUGGAGAGAAAAAAGUUUGUCACAGUCACUAAGUUGCAGGUUUUGCAUUGCAAAUUUUUUUAGCAUCACGCCUUCUCCUUGUAUUGCAGAAACACUAGGGAAAUCCCUUAUGAAGUGUGGCUGUGAUGCAUUUUUACGCAUGAGAGACAAUUUUGUAUUGCAAAAAUGCCCAUGAGUGAUCGUGACGAACUUUUUUCUUUUGAUAGGUAAUGCUCCUGAUGAUUACCUCACCAUCUGCGGGGUGCACUUUUACGCCAGCGAGCCCUUCUGGCUGAAGCCGCCGGAGAUUGGAUAUAAUUCGUACUCUGCUUCCCAGAGUUUGUCUCUUGCGCAGAAGGAGCCCGUCCCCCCUAUGAAAAUGAAAAAUCCGCCCUCCCCAUAUGGAAAAGCUAUGUUUCCGAAAAUUUGUGUUGCUGAUUUGAGGUCAUAAAUCACAGGCGUCUUGCAAGACGACAAGGGCAGAAGCUUUCGCCCCAUUAUCGAAGCGAUUUGCCAUGGUGCUGGGCUUAAAGGGGAGGCGUUUGCCAUGCUGAACACCUAGACCCAUAUCCUCCCAGCUAGCCUUUGGAGGUGGCCGCAGUGCCUUCCUGCAAUACAGAGCUGAUUUGUGCACACAAAUCCAGCACCAGAGAUUUCGUUUUGGUAUGAGGAGGGGAGAUGUUUCCUCUCGAUACCCCCUGAGCAGCAUUUAUCUCUCGUGGAAGUCCGCCGGGGGUAUGGGGCCGAGCCCGAUGUUACCCAGCUAUCCAAGAAAAAAGCAUUGUAGGUGUAACUUUUUUGGAGGAACAGCAUUACAAAUUUGUCUGGCAUGAUGACAGCACAAUCCUGUCAUGCGCAGAUACGAUAGUACGUGAAAACGCUCCUUGAUGGACCCUACGUCGAUGCAGGCCAAGCAUGACAGACGCCCUCGUCUUGCAUGUUGUUGCGCAUGACAAAUUUACACUAGCAGCGUUUUUUUCUUGGAUACCAGCCUCUCUGCAAAGACUGCGGGCCCCGGCAACGGGUAUGAAAGCCUCAGGUUGGAAAUCCUCAAAGUGAAAGUAAUCUGUAAUGCAAAAAAAACGACGCCAGUUGAAGCACCAUUUAUAGUCGGCGCAUGACAAAUUUCCCGGGCACUCAAAACGCGUCUGUCAUGCUAGUUAGGCAAAGGGGUGCGUUUCUGGCAUGCUACUCAGCACUCCAAUCCUUAACCCGUAGCAGGACAAUACAUAGUCGGCUUCCAUUGCGUUCGCUGCAACACAGUCUUUUUGGUGUCGCAUUCCAUGCAUCACAAAUCAUUUCCACUUUGAGGAUUUCCAUUCUGAGGGUGUCAUAACGGGAAUGCCUUGCCGCGUGCGGCAAAGCCGGGUACUGUGCGAAGUGUAACGGGCUUAUGGAACUGUCAGGAUUGAAAUUGACAAAGUUGAAAAUGAAAUGAUAGAUUUGUCAUGCAUAAAAUGGAUGCCUGUUAGAACCCAGCUUCCAAGUGGCGCAUGACAAAUUUUGGUCGUUCCUGAAUCCAGUUUGUCAUGCUGUUUGGGCAAAGAAGAUUGGUUCUCUCAUGCUACUUUGGCAGCUCGAGCGCUAACCCCCAACAGGCUUGCAAUCGGCCUCACUUGCCUGCUCUGCAACACACGUAUUUCGCGUCUAUGCAUUUUAUGCAUCACAAGUUUUUUCAACUUUGUCGAUUUCAAUUCUGACACCUCCAUAGGGCUGCCGAACGACGUACACCUCCACCAAGGGGCUUGCUUACCCUGUGCAAAAGUAUCGUACUCGUACUAAUCGUAUUCAUGCAAUACAAGUUAUUUUUUUCUCAAGUUAAACCCGCAUUACAAAUUUCAUUUCUCUUGCUGAUGAAAUUUGUCAUGCGAUUUAUACUAGUACGAUGCUUUUACAUUUCAUAUUGCUGCAUGAAAAACAAUGCCGCCGACAGCAUAUGCAUUGCAAAUAUGUCUGGGUCUAGAAGAGUCGGGGUUUGUGGGCAUGCACAUUUUGCAUGAUGCAAGUCCUAGCAUCACAGAUUUUUUGAAGGCUGCUUGAUGCUUGUCACGCAUGAGAAAUCAAUGCCCUCUCCGCGUGCCAAGAACUGGACUCCUCUUGCUGCUCAUGCAAGAACGCAGAUAGUUUUUGUUUUAGAAUUUAUUAUCCGCAGACAGCAUUACAAGUUCAUCCACCCUUCCAGACAUCCAGACAUAUUUGCACUGGAGGCAGCACCGAGUGCCACUACGCGCCCCUGGAGAAGUUCGCGGGCUUGGGGUAUCACGAGUGUGUCAUCAUUCCGGAGCCGUACGAGUUUGCUGGCUUUGGGGUUUGCACCCCGGAACACGGGGGGUGGGACCCCUAUGGAUUGUAAAAGUGUCUGGGUCUGGAAGGUUGGGACUUGUAAUGCUAGCUUUCCAUACCUAGAAAAUCUGUAUUGCAUAACGAACAAAAGUCGCAGCCUCUUUUGUCAUGCAAAAACGCAGCUUCUCAUUCGGAUUGCCUAUGAGGAAGCGUUUUGGGAAGUUCUCAUGCCCGACUGCAUUCGGAAGUGUUUUCAUCAUGCACAUCGUAGCAUCACAAGUUUCCAGACCCAGACCUUUUUGCACUUCAUAACCCCUGGCCGAACACGAUGUUUGUACUCGACUACUCACGCCUCGAGCUCGACGAAACGCCUUUGACACCCUCGAAGAACGACUGCAGCGCUCUGUGUGACGCUUUUGACUCGUGCCUGGGCUUCGAAAAGUUCUACAUGGCGGCACAGGGGCCAACCUGCAACAUUCUCGGCGUGUACAUCGCAUAUGUGGACGGGUCGACGUAUGGAAUUCUCAAGCGUUACAUUCUCAACUGUUACAUCAAUUUGUCAUGCAAAACUACCUUAAGCCGCGCACCAGAUGCUCAAGCUGCUUCGCAUGACAAAUCUGCGAGGGGCGAGACAGCACCUAAAUCUGUGCGGAACUUGUAACGCAAAAGGCGCAAACUUAGCCCUUUCACUUUUGCCGUUCUUGCAUAUACAAGUUCAUGCAACAGUUGCGCCAUCGACCCCCGUGCGCCAAAUGCGCCAUCGACCCCCGGCAAGGCGUUCGAGACGGUGCAGAAGCAGCUCGCUGAAAUCCGGUCGUCAUUCAUGGUGAGCUUGAAAGGAUUCGAUAAUUUGAAGCCUUUCUCUAUCUGGGCCGAGGAGGCUAAAGCGGAACAUGGGGAAUUAGGAACAGGUGGGAACAAUGACGUCGAGGAAGCCGGCAGUGAGGCUGGCAAGGAAAAUAACAACCGGUCGGUGAGCUUCGUAGACGAGGAUGAAGAUGCGCCUAUGGAAGACGCUGCGGAGGAAGAGGACGGCUUGCUACAGAGUUUGACAUCGACCACGUCAAACAAACGUCCGAGCGGGAUGGCCACCGCGACCAGCCCGAUAAUGACUGCGUCAGCACUCCGUGAGGAGCGAGAGGAGUUCAUCGCGAAUUUUGACACCAAGACCCACCAGGAACGGAUCCAGUUCUGGAAAAUGGAAAGUAUGCACCUGAUAGCCCAAAAAUGCCGUGACCACAUCAUCAAAGAAGGCGACCAAGGCAAGAUGAUCGUGAAAGACCCCGAGACGGGGAAACCGACGAUAGCCGAGGACCCAGAGCUGACUUACGACAGCCAUGCAGCCAAGAUAUGCGCCGCGCUGUCGGGAAAGAUGCAGAGUGCCUUCAAGGCUUUGGAUCCGGGAUAUGUGCGCUUCCUCAACGUGCAUCCCACGACGGGAUGGGCGGACGUCAUACUGAAACCAAAUUCCCACUCGAUGACCUUGCUCUCCCUCGUCCAGAGCGACACAAAAAACUGGCUGCGGAUGUUCGUCCUCCCUAUUUUGGUCCGGGAAAAUUUUCCGCGUACGCCGCAGCAGGCGCGGAAGGUGGCGAGGAAAAUCGAGAACGCAGCGCAAAACGACCAAAAGGAGCAGGCGAAGGAGGAAAAGGGAACGGGCGCCGCGGGCAAAAACGAUAAAAAUGACGCACAGGCAGCGGAGCCAUCCCAGAAAAAGGCGAAACAGGGCGAAAAUAAGGGGACACAAGGCCAGCAGCGGCAGGCGGCUGCCAGCAGCAGCAGCAGCAGUAGUCGCGCACCGGCGGCGUCCCAGUCUGAGGCGAAGAAGGGCGGAGUCCCGAUCAAACGGUCCGGCGCUAACCUUGCGAAGGUCAUGCGGAGUGGAGUGUUGAUCGGGGCGAAGAAGUUGAAGUUCUGAUGGCGAGAUGUUAAGAUUGGAAUAUGGAAAGAUAGGUGGUGCGAGAUGGUGGUGAGUACUCCAGAUUUCUGUUGGCGAAUGUAAAAUGAAUGAAGUUGUUUACUGCAGUUUGAAUUUGGAAGAUAAACUUUGAACAAGAACGUGAACUACGAAGAGUGAGCUGCAGUACCUCGAGCGCCACGUGUAAGAUAGUACUUUUUUGACGGUGACGAGGAGAAACUGGAGCAGGUCGCUCGGAAUUCGAUCUACUGAGAGACUGGUUUUUUGCGCCACACUAACUGCUGCGGUAGUAACCGAAGGAGGAGGUGGGAAGCAGAACACGUUUGGAAAACCAACAAACGGGGCGAAAGUGGACUCUGUGCAGGGUAAUUAGAAAGUCGAGCUUUGGGUCUGAUCGACGAGUCUGCUCAGCUGUACUUACACGAACUGCAACGUCCUUGCAGCAGACUGACUGGGUCGGGCUGAAGAUUGGAAAGAAGAUCUGAGAGAUUAGCUGAUGGACCUGACCUAGCUCGUGGCCGCCAACCGCGUUGCUGUAUUGAAGGCAUUAGUAUUGUUAUCGAAGAGAAGAAGAGAAGAGCUGGACUUUUGUGCACCUGCUACCUUGCGCUCAGUGAAAAGAAAUAAUCCCGGGGCUCUAUCCUUCGUGGAAGAAACGUGAUCGACUUGUGUUCAACGGUACGAAGCGGACUGGAGGUUGUUGGAAUCUGGGGAGAGUAGUACGAGCUGAUGAUGCAAGUGAGAUCCCAAAUUAACCAAGCCGCAGCUGAAGGCGCCGCGACUUACGACACCACAGCAGGGAGGAGCCCUGCUGUAGGCGGCAGCAGGGCGAAGCCUGCCGGGAGGGAGGAUCCCUCUCGAGGCCGACGCGGCGCGCACGCUUCCGCAAAGAAGAAGCUGAGGCUGGGCACAUGGAACGUGCUCACCCUCGGCAAGAGGGAGGACAGCGGGAUACGGACGGUGGAAAUGGAAUGCUUGAUCAAGGACGCUAGAUCCAGGAAACUCGAUGUCAUGGUGACGCAGGAGAGUAGAGUGACUGAGUGGAUUACCGGUGAGCGCGUUGGCGAGUAUCUUCUGUAUGGGGGCGGGGCGUGGCUAAAUAGUUCCGGAACGCCGGUCGGGGGGGUAUUGUUUGUCGUCCGCCACAGCAUCGAAGUUGUUGACUUUGACAGCGAGCAGUGCGGGCGACAUGGCCGAAUUUCCCUCCGGACCCCGUAUGGGCAAAGAGUCCAUCUCCACGGCUGCUACGCUCCAACGAACGCGGCAGACGUCGGGGACAAAGACAGCUUCUGGGAAAAAGCAACGAGAAAAAUCGCCAAUCACAGUGGCAGGGACAUCGUGAUUGCGGUAGGAGAUUUUAAUGCUGAGAUGGCGGGAGGCCCGCAGCGGGAACUACAGGAGGCCGGGCUUCCGUUUACAGUAGGUCCCUGCGGCCUCUCCGCUGGUUUCGCGCGCCGGACUGACAACGCUGACAGGCUCCAGGCACUAGCAGCCGCAGCGGAGAUGGUCGACGUUUCGUCCUUGUUCAAAAAACCGUGGGUGCGGCGGUACACUUUCGAGGGAGCUUGGAAGGGGGCGAGACCACGGCGAGAGUACGACCACAUUUUUGUCUCGUGGAAGCACCGGGGGUACGUGUGUGCGUUUCAGGUGCGGGGUGAGACGUACCACAAGAGUGGCCACAGACUGGUGGAGGCAGAAGUAUCCCUUUCUAUCACCAAGAAGAAGACUGUGAACAAGGGGGCCGGGGCGUGGAUCCGAACCGAGGAAGCCGCAGAAGCUGUAGGCGCAUGCCUUGGGGAAGUUUACGACGGCCCGACCCUUGUUAACGAAAUAGAAACGGGUGGGCGUAGCGCGGAUGAGUGGUGGAAGGAGUUCGAAGAAGCUCUUUCUACCACGAUCGAAAAACUCAGCACCGGGGUUACCAGAAGCGGCCCGCGCAAGCCUUGGAUCACAGGGACAACUUGGAAAAAGAUUGAGGAGCGGAAAAAGCUGAUGACCAAGGAAGGAAAAACCGCCAGGGCCAAGCGGAACAAGCUCGGGAGGGAUAUCCGGGCGAGCAUCAAAAGCGACAAAAAAGCUUGGGUGGAAGAGAAGCUGGACAACUUACAGAAGGCGGACAACGCCGGGAACUCGCGAGAGGUUUACGAAGUUGUCCGGCAGCUGGCGGGCAAAGCGCGGAAACCGGCGCAGGAGCUACCGGGCCCUCCGGAAAUGUGGGCGCAGUUCUGGGGAAAAAUUUUUGGCGAGCCGCGCCCCGAACCAAGUCAGGCCACCAAAAGCACGAACAGCUUCCGCAAAUGCGCGGAAAGGCUGGAGCAAGAACCGCGGCAACAGUGGUGCCAGGGGCUUGACGCCGUCCCAAGUGAAGCGGAGAUUUGUGAUGCGUUGCGGGGUCUUAAGGCCGGCAAGUCCUUCGCUGGGGUAGCACCUGUAGAACUGAUCCGCAACUGCGAGCUCGCGCGCGCAGUUGUAGUAGCACUUGUGCGGGGAGAGUGUUUCGGGGAGAGGAUGUCCCCGAGGCAUGGGGCCGCGCGGUGCUGGCGAUGCUCCACAAGAAAGGCGACAAAGCCCAAGCAAAAAACUACCGACCGAUAGCCUUGCUCACCUUUGCUGAAAAACUCAUUGGCCUCAUAAUCUUGCGCCGGAUUGAAACAGAAGCGAUGAGCGCCAUCGACAAAAGGCAGAAGGGGUGCACCAGGGGGCUAAGCUGCAGACACGGAGUUUUCCAAAUUCUUCGGGAUAUGGAGCGCUGCAAGCGGGAAGGCCGCCGGGCGUACUACGUUUUUGCUGAUUUCCUGAAGGCCUUCGACAGUUUGGCCUGGGAUAUCAUGCGCAAAGUACUGAAGCGCCAGGGAAUGCCUGACAACCUUGGGGAAGUAAUUCGGGGCAUGUACGACAAGGGGGCGCGAGUCAGUAUCAGGCUAGCCGCCGACAGUUUUACGGAAGCCAUCAAGCAAAUGGCCGGCAUACGGCAGGGCAGCUCGCUGUCGCCGUUGCUGUUUGCCAUCGUGCUUGAUUUCGCCAUCACUAGUUUCGCGGAAGUGAUGAAAGAGGAAAAAAAGUGGACCACAGCACAGGCUCGGGGAUUCGCAAUGAGCCUGCUCGGGUUCGUGGAUGAUCUGGCGAUCAAAACCGGAUCUGAGUCCGAAGCGCAAUUUGCAGUCACCGAGCUGGCAGGGGCCUGCAGGUUUGUGGGCUUGGAGCUGAAUGCGGACAAGGGAAGAACGGAGAUUAUGGCUGUCAACCCAGAGCGCAAAGACAGGCGGGAUGAGUUUGCCAUGACCGAGAGGCGCAUGGUGAGCAAAGAAGAAGGCGCAGCUCCGACCUGGGGGCUGAUGGUGGAGUGGGCGGGAAUCGACCAUAAACCAGAGUACAGGGCCGCAGCGCGUGCGGUCUGUACACAGCGCAUGGGCGACCUGGUGCCAACUCACCUCGUCAUCUGGGACAAUGGGCUCCAUAACGUGAUAAAGCUGAAAGCUUCAGGCUGGGCCACGUUGGACAACGGCCGGGCGAUGCGAAUUAACAGGAUGGGGCGGCGCGAAUACAUCUUGGACAAGCACAACGUGCACCGGUGCCACCGGUGUGGCGAUGUCCUCGAAGAUGAAAAUGCGCUCAAGUACCACCUGGCGACCGGGUUCUGCAGGGAAGAGAAAACGGUCCACGACCUUCGCACGCUGAGAGUAGCGCGACAGGUAGAGGGAAAAAAGAAGGAGAGCAGGGAGAAAGCGGAAACAGAGCCGGCCAACGUGUGGCACGACGGGAAACAGAUCGCAACGGUCGACCGCUUUACUUAUCUCGGUACAGAGAUGGACAGCGAAGGGUCGACCAAGUCGGAAACGCGCCGGCGCUGCGCCAUGGCGAUGAGCGUCGUGCGCUCUCUGAGCAAGAUCUGGCGCGAUAAAGAGGUGCCGCGGCACUUGAAAGCCAAUCUUUAUCGUUCCCUGAGCCUCAGCGUAGCACUGUAUAACGCAGAGACGUGGGCAAUUACGGAGAGCGACGAAAAAGCGCUGAGGGCCUUCCAGCUGAAUGCCUUGCGGUUCAUUUUUGGGAUCUGGGAGUGGGAAGGAUCUCCAUCACGAGCGGAACUUUGCCAAGCCCUCGGGGUGCAGCUGAUCGAGACAGAGAUCCGGGAGAAGCGGAUUUCUUGGAUCGGCCACGCAGCGCGGGAUCCCCUAGGCGAGGGGUCGUUUGGGAGAAUUCGACACGAAAUCGAACAAAAGACGCCUUGGGGCAGGUUGGCGGCUGCAGACCUGGAGCACUACAGUGUGGAACUUAAAGACCUGGAACUGCAAAAGCCCGCCGGACCAGUGGUGCGCGAAAUGCUGACGCGAAGAAGGCCCUACGCAACCGCAAAAAAGCCACCGGGGAAAAAGGGACCAAAGCCAGGAGCCAAAUCCGAGCGCGCGGAAGAAAUGCAGGCUGAACGCCGGAAAAGGCUACAGCAGCAGAGGGAAGAGGAAGAAAGGGCGCGGGCAGCACUCGCCGAAAGCCUACACGGCAAAAAGUGGAAGCAUAACAGUGACAGGCAGGGUUUUUGGGAAAUCGAUGGCGACCCGAGCAUCGCCUUCCAAGUGGGCGAGAUCUUCUUCUGCGAAAACACAGGCAAGGAAGAGGUGCAGGUGGCGGGCGUGUGGUUUCAAAAAGAAUCUGAUGGAACGCACGCAGUCAGAUAGCAUGGCCACAGACCCCACCGAAGGAAGAACUUGAUAACAAUACACGCACGGCUACGAUAUUUUCGACAAAUCUCUGAGCGAGGAUUACUAACCAGAGACUAGCCCACAAGAGAGACUAGCCCACAUUACACAAGAGAGAAAAAGUUCAUUAUGAACUGGGGCAAAAAGAAGUUAUCUUAAGCAGCAGGAGUUUAUAUGUGCUGCACCCAGGCCCGCCGAGCUAGUUAAACGCCCCAGUGGGUUAGAGGAGAAGUCUAGCAGGUCCCUAGUGCUGUAGGAAGUUGAUAACUUAGAUUUUUGUAUGUUGGGCAGUUGCUGCUGUCCGGAGGCGUCCACACUGCCUGAUAGUAGUCGUCUGCCCGUGGUGCAAAGCAUCGCGUUGUUCCCUGCCCCGGCCGUUCGAGCUUGAUGGUAAGAGGCCACCGCCGCCGCCCCACUCCACUCCACUCCACUCCCACGCGUUGACUUGACUUGACUUGACUUGACAUGCAACAGUUCAGAAUGGAACGUUUGAGAACGCCAUACGACGGUGAUUGGUCCCGGGGAUACAAAUCCGAACAAAACUAUCCACCUUCCGAUAUCAAAUGCAAAAGUGUCUGGGUCUGGAAGAGUGCAAGUCUGUCAUGCACGUUUUGCAUGAGGCAUGAUGUCUGUGAUGUUUGUCCUAGCGUCACAGAUUUUUAGAGGACUUUUUGAUGCCUCUACCGCAUGAGAAAUGCCCUCUCCACGUAGCACAAACUGGAGUCCUUUUGCUGGUCAUACAAUACAAAUUUUGUUAGAAUCCAGAGACAGCAUUGCAAGUUUAGAAUCUUCCAGACCCAGACAUUGUUGCAUUUGAUAUCCGACGCCUUAUGACGAAGUCAACUACGAAAUGGUGUCCCCGUUCACCGCGGCACAAGACGUGGACAGCGGAAAGACACCCCCGCCGGUGCAGAUAUGACACCCUCAGAAUGGAAAUCCUCAAAGUGGAAAUAAUUUGUGAUGCAGGAAAUACGACACCAAAAAGACUGUAUUGCAGAGAACGCAAUGGAGGCCGACUAUUGUGCUUCUACGGGUUCAGAAUUGGGCUGCUUAUUAGCAUGAGAGAAGGGCACCCCUUUGCCCUAACUAGCAUGACAGACAUGCCUUGAGUUUUCGGUAAAUUUGUCAUGCGCCGACUAGAAAUGGCGCUUCAACUGGAAUCGUUUUUUUGCAUCACAAAUCAUUGUCACUUUGAGGAUUUCCACUCUGAGGCUGUCAUAGCAGAUCGCCACGUUUUUCAGGGGCGGUGUGAACGAGCUCCAGUGUUACAAGCGAGUACACAACGGCAACUAUGCCCAGGUUUCGGUCGAGGGCAGAAAACCCGCGAAGCUCCCCGGUAUGGCGUCCUCAAAUGUUACAUUCUCAGCUGAUGUUACGACGUGCUUUCUUUUGUCAUGCAAAAUUCCAAUCAGAAUGAAGCAACACGAGCAAGCUGCUUCGCAUGACAAAGUUCCGAAGGGCCAAACAGGCUCAAAAUCUUCUGUCCCAAGUCUGUCAUGCAAAAGGCGCAAUCUUCCCCCUUUCAGUUUUGCCAUUCUCACAUCACAAAUUCAUGUAACAGUUGAGAGUGUAACAGUUGAGAACGCCAUACCCGGGGCGGGUGCCUUGCAGCAGGGAAGCGAGGACCAGGGACAAGGAAUGGGGGGCGGAGGUGAUGGAAUAUGGAAGCGUCAGGCUUGAAAUCGACAAAGUUGAAAUAAUUUGCGAUCUGCCCCCCCAUGCCUACUCUGCAAGACAGGCACUUUGUGGGCUGCAUUUUAUGCAUGGCAAAUCAUUUGAGGCGCUCGUACAAGUUGUGUAGUGGUUUCGGUCAGUUUAGCAUGGCAAAUCAUUUCAACUUUGUCGAUUUUGAUCCUGACACAUCCAUAUGGAAAGACGGAAACGUAUUAG